UCCCGCCGUCAGUUUGACGUUUGCGUCUGUCAUGUUCACGCGAAGAGCUUAAAACAUUUUGUUAAUUUUCUAUAUAUUUACCUUUCGGAAUUUUUUUAAACAUGAAAACUUUUGGAAAUUAGUUUUUCAAGUGAUGUCUACACAAGUAAUGGAGCAACCGAAAGGCGAUUCACCCAAACAUCCCGAUAUGAUCAUGUGCGGAGAUCACCCGUCUGUCACCAAGACGGAGCUGAACGCUCGCGAGCCGCGCGCCGACAAGGCCAAGCCCAAGCCGCCUCUCUCCCACUCCAGGAUCACCCCCUCGUCGUCUCGCACGGAGCGGCCGCAGCCGCCGGGCUCGGAGCUGGCGCUGCGCUGCGCCGAGGGGACUCCGCCGCGCGCCGACAUGCUGCCCGCCGCCAACAAGGCGCUCGUCUAUGUAGCGCUGGGCAGCUUCCGCUGGCCGCCGUACCUGCUGUGCGUGUGGGUGCUGGUGCUGCUGCUGACGCACGCGCUGCACGCGCUCGUGGCCGUGCUCGACGCCGCGCUGCCGCCGCUCAGGAAGGUGUGCGUGUACUUCCGCACGUGGACGGAGGAGGCGUGGCGCGCUGGGGCGGGGGCGGAGGGCGAGGGGCGGGGGCGGGUGACGCCGCUGGCGCUGGGCGGGGCGACGGCGCUGCUGUACGCGGCGUACGGCGCACUGUACGCGGCGCACGCGCUGGCGCUGUGGGCCGCGGAGCCGCUGGCCGCCGAGCCCGACGACCGGCCCAGUCUCGCGGACUUCUCCAAAGUCACCAACUACUUGGACGACGGCGGCAGCAAGACCAACUUUUCCCUCAAGCAUUAACAACGAUGCUCGCUCGCUAUUGAUAUUUUUU